GAAUCCAGAUGUUUACAUCUUUGAGAAAACUCCGCGAUCUAAACAAAAUAUUUUUAAACGGCUUUGGUUAUGGAUUAUAGAAAUAUUCAGGUGCAGGAAAAUAUACGAAACCUUAUUAAAGAACUCACAGGAUUUCAUAGGUCAGAUCAGAACUUUAAGGCAUGUAUGGUUUUCUGUUGUUCCAACUUUAAAUUUGAACGAUAUUUAACAAUAAAUACUCAUGAAAUCAAAAGGGAUAUCAAUGGAAUCUGUGAAAAAUUUCGCUGUGAUAAUUUACACGAUAUAGAGAAAAAAUUCCGAAAGCUUGUUGAAGAAACAGUUUCACAUGAAUUGUCAGUAAAUCAUUAUGAAAAAGACGUCACAUACUCAAUAUUGAAUCUUCUUAUUACUCUUUCUAAUAAUCCGAUUAAAGUUCUCAAGAACAAACUGAGAAAAGGAACAGAAGUCAUUCCUUUCAAAUCUGUUGUGUCAAACCUACCAAAAGUUGAAAGCGAUAUUUUCAUUUCCUCCUUACUGAACGAAAAUUUUAUGCUUCAAAGAAAUGAUACAGAUUCAGAUUUAAGUGAUUGGUCUGAUGCAGGUGAUGACGUUAAAGAAGAGUCAAAUAAAGGGAAACAGGCUCAAUUAGUUGAAUAUCUGCCAAGAAUUAACUCUAAAUACGCUUUAAAACCACCGGAAAAACCAAAAAUAUACAAGACAACAACAUUUGAGGACUCUGAGAAGUGGUUAAGAGAUAAUAUUCAACAUACCUGGUGGACUGAAGAUGUAACUUCUAUUGAGCCAAAAAAUUUACAUCCAGUCUCAAAUUUCUGUAAGCUAUGGGGAAAACAUUUGUCAAAAGCUUCACUAGGAUUCAUAAAAUCUCAUCCGUUAUCGAUAAUCUCAGAAUAUUGUUUGAUGAGAGAAAUAUUUUGGAUGUUUAUCAAUCCAAGUGAUUGUAAAUUCUUUAGAAUGGAAAAUAAUGAAAUUAUACUUAAUGCCAAUGUAACACUGCCAAGUACAAAUGCAGAGACGCUCAAUAUCUUCCUCAAUAGCUUUGUGAGGUCAAUGAAUUUCAUGUAUCAAAUGAAAUUAGCAUGCUUGAAGUCAUAUCAAUCAUCGAAAACAAGUCAUACAGCUGGAAUUUAUUUUAAAGUCAUUCAAAGUCUUCUCCAUGAAGUUGAAGAAUUCAUAAUCGAACAAGAAGCGAUUGUCAAAGCACAAGAAGAAAACUAUACCAUUGUCAUCUUGCAUAACAAAAUAAGAUCUCAUUCAAAGAUGUUAGAAAUGUUAUGGAAUAUUCACACUAAAUCCGUUCUCGAUUCAACGAAUUAUCCACCACAUAUUUGUGCUACUUAUUUACUCGCAAGUUUGCACGAAAAAGUUCGGACAAGUUCCAAGAAAGAAGAGAAAAAUCUUUCUUUGAUGAUUCUCAUUAAAUGUUUUCAACCAUUCUUGGAAAUGAUUGAUGUCUGGUUGACCGAAGCUAAACUCUAUGAUUUAAAAUCUGAAUUUAUAAUUGGAAAAACAUCUGAAAAUGAUUUUGAUUUAAUAUGUCUACGGAACUUUGUAAAGUCAAAAGAAGAAUCUUUUUAUCUCAGAGAUGACAUUUCCGAAAAGAUUUUAAGUGAUCCUUUGAUCAAAAUAUUCUUAGACAUUUCAGUAGAUGCAAGUUUCAGUCUAGAAAUUAUCAGUGAUCUUGAUCGCGUUCAUGAAAUGAGGCAAAUUGUUACUGACACAACGCCAUUGUUUAAAGAGUUUCUUAACAAUGUGAUAACUGAAAUUAAAAAGUUUUCUAAAUUCAAGGAGGAAUCAAAAAGUGAUGAAUUUAAUGAAUCUUAUGAUGUUUUAGAAAAGAAUCGACAAUUAAUAGAAGAAUUAAAGCAUGCGAUGAUUACAAACGACGAUGAUUUGAUGUUACUCACAUUCAAAUCAACAUUCAAUCGAUUUUCAACUAAAAUAUCGAAAACAACACAAAGUUUUUCAUAUCGCAAUCUUCUUGAGAUGUUGAAAAAUAGUACAGAAUCGCUUCUAAUCCCACUUGAAUACAGCAUUCAACAAGUUAUCAGUGAAUUGCUUCAUAGAAAAUUCAACAACAUCUUCAAGAUAUUCGACGUGUUUUUUUUUUUGGAGUCUUGUGAACUUGUUACCUUCUUCAAUGUGAAAUUAUUUCCUCAAAUUGAAAUUGGUGAAUUAUCGUGGGCAAGUCCUUAUCUACUUACUGUUGCCUUAAAUGAUGCAGUAAGUAGAGGGCAUCAAAAAACUUCGACAUUGUUUAGUGUUGAAAUUGAUCAUAACAUAAGUCAUAUAUCCGUUCCCUCUGCUAUUAAUGAGUUGAAACUUUUCUUCAAUGUUAAUCAAAGUUUGAGAAGCGUUUUCACGAACGAAUUUAUGGAAAAAUAUAAUGAGGUUUUUCGUUUUCUUUUGAAAAUCAAAUGGGGACAAGAAAUUCUCGUUUCACUUCGCUUCCCUGACUUCUUCAAACAUAGAUUGCCUUACGCCAAACUUCAAAUGGUUGAUCUCGUUAUUAAAAGAUUAGCGCUUACAAGAUUUGCAAUGCAACAAACCAUAAAUUCAAUUCAUAGUCAUUUGAUGGUGAUAUUGCAAGGUCUGAGUCUUCAUUUUGAUACUAAAAUUUCAAAAUCUCGAAACAUUUCUGAACUCAUUCAGCAUCAUGAAACUUUUGUUAAUGAAUUCUACAAGAAAUUGUAUCUUGAUUCUGAAAACAAAAUGUAUGAAAUCAUCAUUGAGAUUCUUAAAUUAGCAACUGUGCUUCAGAAUGAGUGGAAAAACAUCAUCGUUUUUGAAGCACUUGACCAAACUGGAAGUGUCAAUUCAUCAAACUUGUUUGAUCUAAAUACAAAUAGCCUAGAUAUUGAGAAAGCAUUUAAAAUCUGCGAUAAUCAGUUGAAACUGAUUUCGGAACGUUAGAUAUCUAAAAUAAAUAGAAGUUUCAUCAGUCGAUGUAUUGAAAACUUUAUAUGGAAAUAUCAUGAUAGAAUUUGUAUUAACAUGAUUCAAGAAAAAUUCAAGAUUAGGAUCUUCCAAGAAGGAAGAAAAGAGUCAUGCCGUCUACAUAGGUUUCUAGUUCAUCUGAUAUUAACUUAAGUUUGAAAUUUCAGCAAUUUUUUUAAUAUAUUUCUUUACAAAUUUCUUAAUACAUAAACUACAAUU